AUGUGGAAUGGGACCCAACUCAGCAAAGUUAGUGUGGAUGUGGGAAUUAGAAUGGCAGGAAUCGUUCAUACAAAGAACCUGACAGGGUCUAUGAUGCUGAGUCCAUCCUUUUCCGUUCAGACUGAUGUAUGAGUCAAAGUUUUCAGAGUAGGGGGGAAAUUAAAAUAUAUUGUUUGUUUGAUUGCAGAUUUCGGUGAAAAUGACAUGAAAUCACCCACCACAGUCCACACCCAGAGAGAUGAAAAGGGCGGAUACCAUUUUAGUCUUUGGUCUUAGGCUCUAGGGAGCUAAUCAAAACGACAUCAUCAUAUAUUUUAAUACACAGCAAUCAUGAACUACCCUUUUAUCUCUGUUCCUAUAUAUACUUGCCCUUUGUGCAGCUUCUUAUCCAGGCUAUCUUCUUGGAUUAGUAUUCUCUAACUUCUGUAGAGAGAGGGAGAGAGAGAGAGAGGAAGAUGGAGGUGAAUGAACAUGGCUUCUUGGAGGAGUUACUGGCUCUAAGAGGAGACCCUUGGGAAACCAUUCCUACGGGAAUGAAUGAGUUCUUCUCACAUGGCUGGGGUUUUGAUUAUCGUUUUGAUGAAAACCCAGUUACUUUUCUUCCAAACUCUUCCUUCGAAGCAUUCUCCGGACCUAUUGAACCAGGGUUCGGUUACUCAUUCAAUGAAAUGUACAGUCCAUUUGGAGAUGAAUUCUCCACACCCCAGGUUACCGAUUCCUCCUACACCAAGCAAGAUACACCCCCAUUUCCAACUCAAGAAGAUUAUCCAUUUCCGAUGAUGGAGGAGGAGGAACCUGCAGUUCACCCUGGGGUCGAUCUCCACAACAUGGGGCUUCAAGCUACUUGUAAAGUGGAGCCAAUUCAAUCCACUGAAUUUCCAGUUUUCAACGUGGGCGUAUGUAACGAGGUAAAGAAUAAGCGGACCAAGAAGGUGGAAGGGCAACCUUCCAAGAAUCUAAUGGCUGAGAGAAGGCGCAGGAAGCGAUUGAAUGACCGGCUUUCAAUGCUAAGAUCUGUUGUUCCCAAAAUUAGCAAGAUGGACAGGACAUCUAUACUUGGAGAUACCAUAGAUUACAUGAAAGAGCUAUUAGAGAGAAUCAACAAUCUGCAGGAAGAAAAUGAAGUGGACUCCAGUCAGUUGAACUUGCUGGGCAUAUUCAAGGACUUAAAACCAAAUGAAAUCAUGGUCAGAAAUUCGCCUAAGUUUGAUGUGGAAAGAAGAAACAUGGAUACCCGGAUAGAAAUUUGCUGUGCAGGGAAGCCAGGAUUGUUACUAUCUACAGUAAAUACCCUGGAAGCAUUAGGACUUGAGAUUCAACAGUGUGUUAUUAGUUGUUUCAAUGAUUUCUCAAUGCAAGCUUCUUGCUCAGAGGAAUUGGAGAAGAGAACAAUGGUAAGUUCUGAGGAACUAAAGCAAACAUUAUUUAGAAAUGCAGGGUAUGGAGGAAGGUGUCUGUAGAAUGAAAGAAGGGAAGGGCAGAAGAAGGAACAAGUCGGGGGUGGAGCUUCACUUGCCAAAUCUCUGUAUUUUAGUUUUUCAAUGAGCUUUACAAGUGACAGGCUGUAGUAAUUUUUGUCUUACUGAAUGAAUAAGUGGUUUCUAUUUCA